AUGAAUAUUGGACCUCGCAGAAAUAUUAAAGAAAUUCAUCCAAUUCACUAAAACUUCAUUGAACCUCAUAAUUACUAAUCUAUAUUCAAAAGUCCUAUGAGUACUCGUUAAAGAUAACAAAGAUCUUCCAAAUUACCUUCAUUCAAAAUGUCUAAUGGAUAAUAGGCUUCAGUUCCUGUAUCGCCAUCUAUAUCUCCUAAAUGGAGGACUAGAAAUAUGAGUCGUGCAGAAUAAAGAAUGUUAGUAAAGUAUUAAAUACAAUUUAUAAGUCCUCCUCAAGUACCUUAAAGCCCAAAAUAUGUGAUUUCGAUGUCAAUCUUUAAUGAACAUUUAUUAGUGAGUUUAUGUAAUUUAAGUAGAAAAAAGCCUUAAAGAUAUAGAACAAUGAAAUUGGAGUUAAAAAAUAACUUAUUUAAACACCUGAAAAAAUGUUACAUUAAUAAUCCUUAAUUAGAGAAGAUAUAAACAAAGGUAGUUUUAAAUUCUUAUUUGUUCUCGGAAAAGGAGGAUUUGGAAAAGUUUGGAGAGUGGAACUCUGUAAAACUAGAAAGUAAUAUGCAAUGAAAGAGAUGAGUAAAGCAAAGUAUUUUUUAUUGUGUUUAUUGAUAGAAUCUUAUCAAAAAAAUCUGUCCAUUCUGUAAUUAAUGAAAGGAUACUGCUUAGUAAACUUAGACAUUCUUUUAUUGCCAACAUUCACUAUUCAUUUUAAGAUCGAGAUAACCUUCAUUUAGUAAUGGAUUUAUUAACAGGAGGUGAUUUAAGAUAUCAUAUAGGAAUGAAUCGUCGUUUCACAGAAUGGUAAACAAGUAACAAGAUUAAAUAUUUAUAGAAUUUGUCAUAGCUUGUUUAUUAUUGAGUUUAGAGUACUUACAAAAUAAUGAAAUCAUACAUAGAGAUAUAAAACCUGAGAAUGUAGUAUUCGACAAGAUGGGAUAUCCAAGAUUAACAGAUUUUGGGAUUGCAAGAAUAUUAAAACCAGAGAAUAGUUAAGAAACAAGUGGAACUCCAGGAUAUAUGGGUUAGUAAUUAUUUUAACUUAGAUAGCUCCAGAAGUAAUGUGUAGACAGAAUCAUGGAAUAGGAGUUGAUCAUUUUGCUUUAGGAGUUAUGAUACAUGAAUUUAUGCUUGGAAGAAGACCCUAUAUUGGUAGAUCUCGUUAGGAUAUCAAAGAGAUGAUGUUAACUAAGUAAAUUACUAUCAAAAGAUAAGAUGGUUGGAGUAGUGAAAGUGCAGAUAUUUGUAAUCAAGUAAAUAGAAUUAGUUAAUUAUAGUUAUUAUAAAGAAAAUAAUAAUAUAGAUUAGGAUUUAAUGGGGUUCAAUCUAUUAAGAAGCAUUCUUGGUUUUAAAAUAUUAAUUGGUAAAGCCUAAUUGAUAAGACUAUACCUUCGCCUUUUAAUAAAUUAGCCUAUUCUGAAGAUCAAGAUUUUAAGAGAUAGAUUUCAUCAGAUCAUGAUUCUUAGGAUUCUCUGAUUUAGGAAAAUACUAAUGCUUUGAGAAGGGAUUCUAUUCAAGAUAUGUUCAAAGAUUAUGAAUACAAUGAUCAUGGAAGGACUGGUAGUACUAAUUCCACUCAAAUUUUAUGA